AUGGAUGAUACUCCCGUUACAACGAUUCUUAGAGGGGUCAUCCUUAGUUCUUUAAUGAAAGAUAGGCAUAUAGCCCGGGCACCUGAGCCUGAGAGUUUUUUCAGAAGACAUAAAUAUAAGAUGAUGAUAGGCGGAACGAUUCUUGGUGCUGCUUUAGGUCCUUUUGCACUCACCGGUGGAAUAGCAGCCCUAGGGUUUGGUGAAGCAGGUAUUGCAGCUGGAUCUACCGCAGCAUGGAUGAUGUCGUUAUAUGGUGGGUACGUCACUUCUGGUUCCAUCGUGGCAAUUUUGCAGUCAGUUGGUGCUGCUGGCUUAGGUCUUGGAGGAAUUGCUGCUUCUAGUAUUGGGGGAGGUACAAUUACUGCAGCGAUAGUAAGAUUUCUGGCAUCAAAUCCCCAAAAUUUGGAGGAAUUGGAUAAUUUUGUCUUAAUUACAAGUGAAAAUGGACUCGAUACACCUGCGAAGGUGACUUUUGACAUACGGAAUCAGCUUGUUGUUGACAAUGGAGUUUUAAAACUUGAAUCAUUUCUUAGAGGAUUCGAUCUGGCUCUACCAUUAAUUAGAUCCAGAGUUGGUCUGUUUGAAUUUAGAAUCAAUGCAGAUCAUCCUGAAGGACCUG